UAGACUCAUUUCUCCGCCUACUUACGACACAGUUUGUUGGCUCUCCCUUAGAAUUGUGCAGUGUCUGUAGUAAUGUGGACUUAAUUCCAGAACUCGAUUAAAAGGGCACUUCUUUUUUGCAAACAUUUUAUUGUCUGUUAUUUUAGUAGUUUUUAAAAUCAAUCAAUCAAUCCAUCCAUUUUUUUUAAUAUUAAAAAUUCAAUUUUGCAGUCAACCGAGAAGAGUUUGUUGACAUAGGCCUUACUUCCGCCGUGGGAGCAACCUCGAGAUUGCAGUUUCAUGCUUUUAGCUUCGAAACAGUACGGUCAGUCUGUUUGAUUGAGUAGGAAAGAAAAUAUGUUUAGGGUUUCUGUGAAUUACAUUUUGCUGUGCGGGCAGGUUUUGUUGCUUGUGGCUGUCCUAUUGCUGCAGUGUUUAGGUGGAAUUUAUUCCCAAAAUACGACAUCAGCGGCUUCCUCCAGAGAUGGCACCCGCGGAGCGUCCUCAGGAAUCAGCGACCAGGAGAAUGGCACGUCGUCAUCAUCAAAUACCCCGCCGAGCGACCGGUCAGAUAUGUGGGAGUACAAAGACCCAUAUUCACCAUGGGUUCUGUGCAGCUAUCUGCCAGAUGAGUUUAUAGAGUGUGAUGAGCCAGUGGAUCAUGCUGGAAAUGUAACUGCUCGGAAUGAACUUGGCCAUGGCUGUGUAAAGUUUGGAGGGCAAGCAUACAGAGAUGUUGAGCAUUCAGAGGUAGUGUGCAGAGCUCUGGAUGGGAUUGAGUGUGCUGGAGAUAGAGAGUUUCGACGAGGAAACAAGCCAUGCAUCAAGUACACGGGGCAUUACUUCAUAACCACCCUGCUGUACUCCUUUUUCCUGGGCUGUUUUGGAGUGGACCGGUUUUGCCUGGGUCACACUGGCACUGCUGUGGGGAAGCUGCUGACACUCGGAGGUUUGGGCAUCUGGUGGUUUGUGGAUCUCAUAUUGCUAAUCACCGGAGGACUCAUGCCCAGUGACGGCAGCAAUUGGUGCACUUUUUACUAAAAACUAAACUAGAGUGAGGACAGAGAGUUGUGAACUGGAUCAGCUGGUAGAGGCAAUACAUUUCUAUUUAUUAGAAACGUUACGAGCCCUAACUGCUGUGUACAAAACAAUGUGCAUACAGUGGAGAGAAUGGAUCAGGAGCCCUGAACAGACAAAGGAGAAACGAUCAACAAUUGAAAUCGGUCUGAACAUUCAUUAUGAAAAGGCUGAAUAUCUUAUCUGUAAAAGGCACUGGGAGCCAACAGCUGUACUGUGGGAACUGGGGUGAGUCACUUUACCUGCUUAUGGCUCAGUACCCACCCAAGCUGUAACACUGGGUUCAAGGAGAAACACGAUAAAGGGUUUGUUGCAACAAAAGAUGCCAUGCCAGUUUAUUAGGACGUGUAUCAAAUAUCGGGUUGGGCCAUCUUUGCUUACCCUCAUCACCUGCUGUAAGGUUUCAGAAGGGAUGUUAAUCAGUUCAGUCACACGUGUUUCAGACUUGACAGGCCUCUCUAACUGCCCCUGUCUGUCACUAGCUUCUGUCUCUCUUGGCGACUGCAUUCCCAUUAUUUUUACCAUUGCUGGCACUCUGAUACAGUCUGUCAACAUGACCAUUGCUAUUCUGGCACCUGCUUGAUAUGCACCCACUAUCAUGUCUCUCUCUCAAUGCUGUUGGGAUCACCGUUCACAUGAUCACUCUAAUAGACAGGUCCUAACAAAGUGGCCUGGCAGUAUACAUGUGGGGACAGAACAUAAUUAACAGAAUAUAUAUAUGUGUGUGUCUGUCUGACAAUGUUAUGGAUUGGUUAUAUGUAGGUGGCUUGUUGAUUUGUUUUGUUAAAUCUGUGAUAACUGUUUUUUUUUUUUUCUGUUGCAGUGUACUGUUCUUCCCUUUUCAUAUAAAGACUGUACUAAAAUGUACAAGACUCCACAAGCUUUUGGUGGUUUUGGAAUUACACUUUGCAUAUUUAAAAAUAAACUAAAAAAAACAUUCUUAGGAUAGGA